AUCGGACAUUAAACUGACAACGAGGGGUUGUUUUAUUUUUAACACAGAGGCUCGUUCCUGAAAAAGUACUUGAGGGAAGUGCAGUGUGUUUUCAGAGAACAAGACAAAGCGUGUUUGAUAUCGCUGCUCGAGCCUCUUUGCUAGAUCCAGACUCAAAAUGACAGCGUCGGUGUUUUUCGGCUGCACCUUCAUCGCUUUCGGCCCCGCCAUCGCUUUGUUCCUGUUUACUAUCGCCCGGGACCCGUUAAGAGUAAUUUUUCUGAUCGCCGGUGCCUUUUUCUGGCUGGUGUCCUUGCUGCUCUCCUCCCUGGUUUGGUUCAUAACUGUUCAGAUCAGUAACAAAGACAGCGCUUCCCAGCAGAAAGGCCUGCUCAUAUUCGGGGUGGUACUCUCUGUCCUUCUCCAGGAGGUCUUCCGCUUUGGUUACUACAAGCUACUGAAGAAAGCAAAUGAAGGUCUUCUUACACUCAGUCAGGAGGAGACCAUGCCUAUCUCCAUACGUCAGCUUGCCUAUGUCUCUGGCUUAGGCUUUGGCUUCAUGAGUGGCGCCUUUUCAGUGGUCAACAUUCUGGCCGACUCUGCCGGGCCUGGCACGGUGGGCAUCCACGGAGACUCACAACACUACUUUCUGUCCUCAGCCUUCAUGACCAUGGCCAUCAUCCUUCUGCACAUGUUCUGGGGGGUGGUUUUCUUUGAUUCCUGUGAAAAGCAGCGCUGGUGGGCCCUCGCCGUGGUCAUCAUCAGCCACCUCCUUGUUUCCUGUCUGACAUUCCAGAACCCAUACUACGUUGGCAGUCUGGUGCCAACCUACAUCAUCAUGUUCCUGAUGGGAGUCUGGGCAUUUUGCUGCGCUGGCGGCUCACUGCGAAACCUCAAACUUUGCCUCACCUGUAAAGACAAAGACUUCUUACUUGCUAAUCACCGGCCAAGAUAACGCAGAUGCCAGUCAAACUGUGGGACUCUUAUCCAAAGAUCAGAGAAUUCACACAAACACACUUCUUGCAAGCAGGAAGACGGAGUUUGUGAACCCUCUGCAAAUCUGUUAUUUGCUGUCUUACAUUGAAUCAAAAGGAUUAUUAGUUGAUCAUCUGUUUUCUUUAAAAAAAAAAGGUAAAUGGUGAGGUCAUACAACCAACAACUUUUUUUUUCGUUUUUUUUUUUAACCAUAACUCACUAUCAGAUGAUCAAAUGUGCAGGUAAAGUGUUAGAAAAUUGCAAGUUAACCCUUAACUUGAGAAACGCCAGUUUCUAUUAAAAGGAAGAAUUUGAGACGUUUCAAAUGGUCCCCUGAUAUAAUAUCUGGACCACGACUGUUCAGGCUAUGGCUUUCAUUUUUGUCAGAGUAGAAAUUUUGUCACAGUAGAAUGCAUCUCAGCGGGCCUUCUGGCUCUGGCCUGGUCAUCUAUCAUAGAACUCAGGUACGUUGUCGUAUCAACAUUUGUUUCAAUGAUUGACUUGAUCUCUGUCCUUUAGAAUUACAGGGGAGCUCAGAAAUAUUGCCCUCUUGCCACAAAUUAAAGUUUGAAAUAAAACGUUAGGUCAGAGGUAUUCAGUUAUGUGCCACAGAGGUCUGUGUGUGUGUGAUUUUUCCAACCCGACAAUACACCAGCUGAUUUCACUGGUUGGUUCCCUCCUGUCUGGUUGAAUGUGUUAAUCAGUAAAAUCAGCUGGUGUAUUGUUGGGUUGGAAAGAAGACAUGCGUGCACACAGAACUCCAUGGCACAUAAUUUAAAUUUAAUGCCACUGCACUAGGGUUUUACUAAAAAAAAAAAAGAAAAAAAAAGAAAUGGCGUUAUUGUUCAACACUCACUUUCUCCUCAGUGUGUAGGAUGUGUUUAAUUACUUAUACAUGUGCACAUGAAAAUACCUAUUCCAAAUUAUGUCUCCAUUUUAGAGUAAAAUUUGUAUGCUUCUAUUGUGUAUUGUUUGGAUCUUACAAAAUAUAGAUGUGUUCAUCAAAAAUUCACGAUUUUGUAAGUUGAAAUCUUAAAAUCGCUGACAACUUUAUUAACACGCAUAAUGGUACUUUCAUUCCAGCAAUAUGUAUAUAGGUUUUUGAGUUUUUUGUUUUUUUAUUUUUAUUUUUUUUUGUUUUUGCAUUUGAAUUUGAUAUUUUUGUGCUGGUAAUGUAAAAAGCAUUCAAUUUUUUUCUAUCAUCGUUCUUCAGCACUAUUCAUAAUCCCCAUUAGAAUGCAAAUGAUCAUUUACUUUUUCCUCAAAUUAAAAAGUAGAGAUUAGCCGAAGGCUUAGUUUUUUAUUCCUCACUACUGUAGCCACACACAAACACAAACAAUAGGAAGGUGUUCAGGUGAAUACAUUUAGCCAGCAGUGUUUUUCUCUUUUCACAGUUAAUAUCUUUGUUGCAUUGUUGUUCCUUGAUACUCUGUUGGUAACCACUGUAAUGUUUUCACUAGUAGGUAAGCAUAGAAAUGUGCAUGGUAACAUGUAUUGAUAGUGUGGCCAAAUGUCCAACACAAAAAUGUUUCAAGGUAUUUUUUCAACAUUUUGCAGAAGAUCUUUCCAAGUUUUUCUUCCCGAUACUGAAUUUGUACAGUCUGUAAUGGUCACGGCGAGAAGGUUAAGGGAGACAAUGCUAUGGAUGACAAGUCUUGUUUUUGUUGUAAACCGUUUGCUUUUCUUUCUUUUUUUAUAUCUAUACAGGGAAGGUUGAGAGACCAUAAAUAAUCUUUUUUUUGGUAGCUCCCUGCUUCACCUUCAUGUAGCUUCACACAUCUGGGAACUGUGACAUACAGCCAUGAUGUUUUCCAGGCUACCUCUGAGCAGUUGGGGUUAAAGACCUCAUGUGAGGGUGCCUUUGAUGGAGGUUGUCGAAAGGAAGGGCCAACCCAGCUAUGCCCAGCUGGCCAGGGAUUUGAUCUAGCAACCCUGUAGUCGCGAGCCCAUUUCUCCCUCUUUUUUGGCUACCGUCUCUCGCUUCAAGAUCACCCAUUUUUAUUUGGUCUAAUUCGCUCUUGAAUAAGCAACCACUUCAGCCAUGAGCACAAACUGUUGUGCUGUGGCAGGAAUCAUGCAUCUCUUGUUAAGCAGGAGGCAGAGUUACCUUUAAUGGCAGUACGCCCCCCUUCCCCCAAAACCUAAUCCAUAAUGCAUUUUUGUUGUUAUGAAAAAUAAGGUCAUACAGAGAUCAAUACGAGGAAGCCAUGGCCCACACACAUUGAGUGAAACAGUGUUCCUAGUUUUAGUUUUACAGCAUACAUUUUAAUUACAUUUUGAUAUGCAGGUGGAAUGUUUUCAUCAUGUAAAAAUCAGAGUUUGCAAUUUUUUUUAAAACAUUUGCCUUUGUUUAUGUGCGCACAAGUCAUUGCACAAGUAGAAUAAAACCCUUGACCCAAAAUGAUAUCUGUAGCAGAUGAUAACAGAUUUCAAAUUAAUGAACUUGUAUUGGAGAGGGAUGUGUUCAACAUUAAGUGUGAAUGUGGGUCCUGGAUGGGGAUCUUUUUUAAUCGUGUGCCAUAGAGGGCCGUGUUCAUGCAGAUCUUCUUUCCAGCCCAACUCGAGACCCAGUGAUUUCACUAAUUAGCACAACUUCAGCCGAACGGGAGGACUAGCUAGUGAAAUCAGCUGGCGUAUCAGAUGAAUAUUUAGGAUUUAACUGGGCAAACCGCCACUUCAUGCAUAAGCCUUUUCUCGUCCAGUCAAAUUGAUAGAAGGCUUAAUAGGUAUGGAUUGUUGCAGAGGAAUGUCUGGUGGGCGUGAAAGUGGAAGUUGUCCAAACAAAGUGUGUCGGCUAGAGGGAACACUGUCCUGGCUGUACGCAGGCAGGCCGCUGGUAGCUGGAGUGAUUUUUGUUGGACCAUGUUUAGAUUUUUAAUAACACAAAAGCAAAGCAAAUGUGUUCAGCAUUGCAUUAAAUUGGGUGCACUCCUUCAGAUGGUGCAGGAACUGCCCCAGCAAAGCUUUCAAAUUAAAGAAAUAUAGAUCCCCACAUUAGGUCUUUUUUUUUUUUAUUACGACACAUCAACUAACUAAAGCUAAAAGCUAAAAGCCCUGCAUGUGAUUCAGUUUUCUGUUUGGGAUAGGUUAAGAGCUUGUGAGUCUCUCCCCACAGGACCCAAAGCAGCUGCCCAUAAUGUUGCCUGUCGUUUCUUGGUGCGUGGCUGAUGGUGCUCUUCCUCUCUCUGCAGGACCUCUCGUAAAUAUUAAUGAGAAAAGAUUGAGAAGGUGUAGCUGUGCUUGCUUGCUGGCUGGGUAUCUCUUGGCUUUUGGGGGUCAAAGGUUAACCCGAACCCUGACCUCCUGACCCCAUGCUCAUGCUUACCCAACUUGCCACGAAUACUAAAAUGGUUUUGCACUACAUAGCAUGAAAAUGACAUGUAAACCCAAGAACACGAUAAGCGGAAGUUCUAUACUAGCAAAUAAAAUACUUUCUUUAAAGUUUUGGAUGCUCUUUCAAUCUCUUGGUUUUGUGCCUUUGUCACCCAUCCCCUUUAGGAUUCGUAUAUGACUUCAGUUGCUGUGGCACCAGUUUAACCUUAAGCGAAUUUUCUUGAAUGCCAUUUUUGUCGAUUAAUUUUCAUUCCUUUGGGUGAGAAGUUUUUUUUUUCCUCUUUUUUUGUGUGUGGCUGGUUUGCCUCAAUAUAAUAAGGAUCUCCUGUAGACCAGAUUGAGCUACUAAAUUCUGAGGUAAUGUUGACUUGUUUGUGUAUCAACUGGAUUCUGUCUUUUAGAACUUGAAUGUGGUGAUUGUGAGUUUGCUCCCAGGGGAAGAGCGUCCCUCUCCCAAUAGCAUUAGAUGAGCAUCAUCAUCAAACAUCUGUCUCCAUUACAGUCUUAACUGCUACCUGCAAGGAACUCAUUGCAUACAGCGAGGUAAGAGACAGGCUUUUACAACAUUUCAAGAUAAUACAACUGCAGGCCCAGUGGAUCUUCUUUUUUUUUCAUUCACUUCACAUCGGGUUAACAGGUUAACUGUUAGCAUGCAGACACUCCCAAUAGGUUUUUUUUUAUGGCGCCUGGGUUUGUCAGGAUUUAACAACUCCAAUUUUGUAAACGAUGAAUAUAACCUCCAUAAGACUGAAUGAGAGUAUGACUUAACUUUCUGUGGGGCUAAAAUAAACUUAUACUUAAGGUUCGUGUGUCCAUGGUGCUGAUAACUGGCCAACAUGAACAGAGGCUGCAGGGGAGAUGAGUUAAAUCCACAAUUUGGAUGAAUUCAAUGAAUGAAAUUGUUGGUUUAGGGAACAAAAUGAUAGUCUACUUUUUGCUAAAUACCGAAUUUGCUGAAACUACUGAAAGGGUCUUUGAAUUUCCCCUAACAUUUUGUACACCAACAAUAUGUAUGUGCACCCCCACACCCACUGUACAAUUACUGUUUGUUAAUCAAAAAUUUCUGUCAUGUCUUUCCUGUCUUGUGAGUCUCUAUUGCAUACAUAAAAUAGCCAUUUCUAAGGUGUGUAGUAUUUGCAUAAAUCAUAGCGGUAUGGAGUCUUUUUCUCCAUCUCAUUAUUUUGAAUUGUGCAGAAUGUAAUGAUGGAUCAAAAAAAAGAAGAAAAAAAAGUGCUUGUUUACUGAGGCAAAUAAAAUAUUUUGA